AUGAAUAUAAGGAUUUGCAAUUCCUAAUCUGUAUUUAUUGGAUUGAUCGUACCCUUAUUUCUGCUUCUAAUAUUGUAUAAACAGUCUAUUUCAAAAUUCUUAUUCAUGUAUAGAGAAAACAAUGACAAGAUAAAUUUAGAAGAUAUGUAGGAUAUUGAUUUAAUGAAUAUAUUCAAUAAACUACUUUUGGGAAAUGAUCAAAUUGUGGGGGAAUACAAUUAUUAUUAUAAUUUACUUUGA